AUGGACGAACACGACGACUUCGACAGCGUCUCAUGGAAACACGAUCCAGAAAGCGAUAUCUCGCGCCCUACGACCGCCGACUCGGAGGCCCUAGACGCCCCGCACGACUUUCUUGAGCAUGAUGUCAAUGGCAAGCGGCGAGUGAGCGCUGUCGGCGCGGCGGGGGACGACGACGACAAUAGUGAGCCCCAGGCUGGACACCUGGCGGACGCGGUCGAUCUGGCGGGUAUUGGAGAUGGAGAGUUACAGUGCAAGGUUGAUUCACCGUUAAAGGAGAAUGAUGGCACGAAGGAUGCGUAUAUUUCGUAUCUUGUCUCGACGCAUACCGACUUCAAGUCCUUCCAGAAAUCCGAUUUUGCCGUCCGCCGACGAUUCACCGACUUCUAUUUCCUCUACAAAACGUUGUACCGCGAGUAUCCGGCGUGCGCGGUGCCGCCGCUUCCGGAUAAGCAUAAGAUGGAGUACGUGCGGGGGGACCGGUUUGGCAGCGAAUUCACGACGCGGCGGGCGUGGUCGCUGCACCGGUUCCUGAAGCGGCUGUCGCUGCACCCUGUGCUGCGGCGAGCACCGUUGCUGGCGGUGUUUCUCGAGUCGCCGGACUGGAACGCCCACAUGCGGCUGCGGACGUCGCGGACGUCGAACGGAGCCGCGGGAGAUAACAGCACGGGCAUCUUUGACAACUUCACAGACACGUUCGUCAACGCUUUCACGAAAAUACACAAGCCGGAUCAGCGGUUUAUCGAGGUGCGCGAGAAGGCCGACAAGCUGGACGAGGACCUCACCCAUGUGGAAAAGAUCGUGGCCCGGGUUGCCCGGCGUGAGUCCGACCUGGAGACAGACUACAACGAGCUGGCGAUGCAGUUCCGCAAGCUGGUCCCGCUCGAGCCAGACGUCGAGAUGCCGCUGCAGAUCUUUGCGGCCUCGGUAGAGGAGACGGCACGGGGCUUCAAGACGCUCCGCGACCACACGGACCAGAACUACCUGGGCUCGCUGCGCGACAUGGAGGCCUACCUGACCUCGAUCAAAACGCUGCUGAAGACGCGCGAACAGAAACAGCUCGACUUUGAAGCCCUGGUCGACUACCGCAACAAGGCUGUCGCGGAGCGCGACUCGCUGGCCGCCAAUCCGGCCUCGUACUACGCCUCCAACCCGCUCACCUCCUCGCCCGCCUCUUUCAUCCGCUCCAAGAUGGAGGACAUGCGCGGCGUCGACCACGAGCAGUCGCGGCGGGAGCGUGUCCGCAAGCUCGAGCUGCGCAUCGACGAGCUCACCCGCGAGGUCGACUCGGCCAAGACCACUUCCGAGAUGUUCGACGAGGAGGUUGUCCGCGAGGUCGCCGACUUUGAGCGCAUCAAGGCCGUCGAGUUCCGCGACACCCUCGGCGACCUCGCGGACCGUCACAUCGACUUUUACCAGGACAUCUUGAAUACCUGGGAGCGCUUCAUUGCCGAAAUGGACGAGACGGAACCAGAUCUGACCAAAUAG